AUGGUCCUCCUGGGGUAUCCCCAGACGUCUGCCAAGCUCCUCAACGGAGAAUUGGUGUUCCGAAAUGACCAUAUUUACGUCUCACCCUUAUGGGCCGACCGCGAUGAGUUCCUUCCGCCCAAUGCGACCCCAAGGAAGGGUCGUCAAGCGGCCUCGACCGAGACGCAAGUCAGGAUAUCGCUCUACUACCGCCCCUCAGAUAUUUCCGGUCGAAAUGUCUCCGACUUCCGCCUCCUUCUCGCUGCGAUCCACACGGACGUCCAACCUCUCUCUCACAUCCGCGGCAAGUGCUAUGUGCGGCACAAGGACCGGAUCGAGGAUCUCCUGGCGUGGAAGAAGAUGCCGGACCGGUUCUACUUUCAGCGGUUCUUUGAUCCGUAUAUAAAGCGCGAGUUUGAGGUGAUCAGAACUGAGGCGGUGAAUAACAUUCCGCAAAAGGUGAAGGAAACCUUGAUGACUCGCUACGAGUACGUCGUCACAGAGCGAGAGAUGGUAUCCGACCUACUCGACAACUAUCGCUCCUGCUGCGUGUGCGAGGAAUGGGCGUCUUCACAGGACUCGAUCAAGUGCGAGCAAUGCAAGAACAUCUACCACAUGCACUGCCUCAACCCACCACUGCUCAACAAGCCCGCCAAGGGCUACUCGUGGUUCUGCAUCACGUGCUCUCUUCAGCGGCACCAGGACGUCCAGGACAAAAAGUUCCAAUUCGGAUCGACAGCGGCGAAUGGGAAGAGCGGGAAGGGUGCGGGUGCGUCUGGAGAUAAGAAGGAGAAGAACAAGCAUGUGACGGGGGCGAGACCGGAUGUCUGUUAUCGAGGUUGGCCAUGGCGGUACUUUGGUCAAUAUACGAUCGCGCAGGAUACGUUGGACGCGGACGAUCCGAUCUUCCCCAAAGCUGCGACGAGGGUCGGGCAGAAGUUCCAAGCGAAUGUGCCGAGCUGGGAGGAGCAGAAGGAGGCUGAAAGUGCGGCGCGGCGGCAGUUCGGGGAGACCAGUGAGGCGGGACCGUCAAGGCAUAUCGCCGUGGAAAGAGGACACGAUCUUGGCGAGCGGAAACAUGAGUCGACGAUUGAUAUCAUCUGCACCCCGUCUGAAGCGCUCAACCAAUAUAUGGCCGAUGUUGCCACUCUUCACCUGCCUGUACCGCCGUACGACACUGAGCGGCUCAACAUUGCCGCGACUAGCUUUUCAAUGCUGGGCCGAGAUCGAGCCAUCGAGCGCUUAAACUCGCUGAAGUAUGAGGAGUUCAAGCCUAUCGUUUUCUCCGACAAAGAAUCCGCCAAAUUCGCGUUUGAGCUCGAACAAGCCGGCGGCGGUCUAGACACGCACGCCAUCUCCAAGGUUCUCCGCAGGACACCGGGCGAAGUCCUCCGCUUUUCCUACAUCUACGAGGGCAAGCAGCUCAAGGCGGAGCACGAGGCCGUUCGGGCGCACACGAAAAUUACGGCCCACACGCGCAAGGGUCAGACCCAAUCUCAGACUUUGGGCGCGCCGUCCCUAGGCAAAAUCAGAGCCAGGGAAGAUGGCGAUGAUUCGGAUGGCGAAAAGUCGACAUAUGGGCCGGAUCAGGCGACGGGUGUCAAGCUCAAAUGCGCGGCGUGUGGAACGAGAGAAAGUAGGGCGUGGUGGAGGUGUCCGAGGUCCAUCACGGGGAACGCGAUGUGUGAGAACUGCGGCACGAAUUACAGGAAGUACGGCGUCAUAUCAUUUGCAAAGGCGGAUGAUAGUAAGAAAUCCGACAAGAAGGACAUCAUCAUCCUAUCGAGGAAGGGCAAGGGAGAUACAAGUGGGGCAUCGACACCAGUACCGCUCCCUCCUCCCAAGCUUCCCCCUUGCGUCUGCUGCCGGAGGAUGGAGCCAAAAUCGACCAUGGCGAGGUGCAAAACUUGCACAUUCUCGGCGCAUUCUGCUUGUUACGGGAUUGCCCCGCAAGACAUGGGUCCGAACUGGGAGUGCGAGCUAUGCUUGAACGUCAAGCUCGAAGAUAAUAACCUCGAACCAAGAUGUUUGCUCUGCCCUCGCGACACUUCGGCCCUGUCGACCAAGAUCAAGCCCAAAAAGGUUCUCUCCGACUUUGACAUGCUAUCCGCCUUGAAGCCUACCGAGGGUCGACGCUGGGCCCAUAUCCUCUGCUCCGUAUGGAUACCCGAGAUCAUCUUUACCGCUCCACCAGUCCUGAAAGCCGUCGAGGGGAUUGCGAACUUACCUCUUGAUCGCUGGUCAACAGUAUGCUCGCUUUGUAAUCAGCUUGACGGCGCGGUCAUCUACUGUACGGACUGCGAGAUCCCGUUCCACCCUUCUUGCGCGUACCAAUCUGGCUACAAGUUUGGCUUUGAGUUCUCCUUGGCCAAGCCAGGGAAGAAGGAGAUGCCGACAAUAGCCAAGUUCAAGGAAGGCGCGGGGGUGAUGAAUCCCGGAUGUUGGUGUAAGGCGCACGAUCUAGAGGGCAGGGUGAUUUACGAUUCGCACGAGAUCGAUCCAGAGCAGAACGAAACUGCCCUGCAGGUAUACGCAGCGGCAUACAAGUCCUUGCCGGCCCAUGAUGAUACCUUCGCCCUCCUUCGGAAAGCUCGCAGGCUGGACCACGUCCUCCUCACGCCUGCGACCGUCCCCACCUUGGAUCAGCCAUGCGCAAUGUGCGCAGUGGACGUAUCGCCUAUGUGGCAUCCUGCGGCCGGGCAGCUGGCGGACGAUCGGAUGGACGUCGAUGGGGAAGAACCGGCAGUCCAGGUUGGAAAGGGGAAGGAAGGGCGGAUCUGCCAUCUAUGUUGGUUCAAGUCUAGUAGUACCGCUUAG